AUGGCUUCCACCGCCGCUGCCGCUUCCGAGCAGGAGACGUACACAAAGGAGCAUGGCGUCCUGCAACCCGCCGGGGGCAGUGCGGCGAAUGCUCCCGUCGCCAAGCCUCACCAGGCCACCGUGUCGCAGGUCUUCGAUCCGCAGUUCUUCAAGGUCGCCAACCCGGGUCCUCUCGGCCUCAUCAGCUUUGCCCUGACGACCUUUGUCCUCGGCCUCUACCAGUGCGGUGCUGGACUUCCCGACUCGAACCCCUUUGGCGGCGUCGGGCCCGACCAGGCCGUCUUCGGUCUCGCCGUCUUCUUCGGCGGCGCCGCGCAGUUCAUCGCCGGCAUCAUGGAGUUCCGGGUUGGGAACACAUUCGGCACCACUGUGCACUGCUCCUACGGCGCCUUCUGGCUCGCCUUUGCCAUGUUCCUCGUCCCCUCGCUCGGCAUCAAGGAAGCCUACGCCGGCGACGCCCGCGCCUUCAGCUUCGCCCUCGGCAUCUUCCUCAUCCUCUGGUGCUUCCUGACCCUCAUCUUCUUCAUCGCCGCCCUCCGGACCAACAUCGCCAUCCUCGUCGUCCUCGGCCUCCUCGUCCUCGCCUUCUUCUUCCUCAGCAUCGCCCAGUUCAUCCUGACGAGCAACCCGACGGCGGCGGUGCGCGUCAACCGUGCCGGCGGCGUCUUUGCCGUCAUCUGCGCCUUGGCCGCCUUUUACGCCGGCAGUGCCGGCAUCAUGACCGAGGACACCACCUGGGUCCGCUUCCCCUUGGGCGAGUUCAAGUACACGCCCAAGCAGAAGGCGGAGAAGGAUGCGAGCAACCUCCCGGUCUAG